AUGCCGGGCAUCAAGCAUGCCACCAAGAAGCACUUCGCCAAAGCCAAAACCCGCUCUCGUACCAUCAAGAGUGGCAUCAAUGCCGAGUACACAGACUACAGGAGCAAGCUGGAGGCUACCCAAACCGCCAUCAAGAGCCUCAUCAAGAAAAUCCAAGCAACCCCUCAGGUCUGGUCCGCCAUCGCCAAGCACCAAAGCUCUUUCGCCUCUGCCUUGCACGCUGCCAUUGCAAACGAUGGCGUCGUCCGCUCGCAUGCCCGUGAGGUGGAGGGCACUGUCCGCCAGCUACAACGCCUUAUCCUCGAGGAUGAUGGCGCCGCCACCCCGCACCGCCGUGUUACCGCCGUCCUCGAGGCAUAUCUCAAGUCUGUCGAGACCGUCCAGGAAGGCUACGCUCAGGUCGAGAUGUCCUACACAGAGGUUCUGCGCUACGAGAAGAAGGUUGACAAGCUCAAUAAGAAGCAAAAGAAGCGCGAAAUUCUGGACCGCAACGUCAGUAAGCUCGCCGCCGCUCGCGUCGAACAUGACAACAAGCUCGCCGCCAUCAUGGAGCGCAUGAAGACCACCUACAAUAAGCACGAGGCCGUCUUCCAGUGCGCACAUCACGCCUUCUGGCUCGCCCAAGAAAAGUAUUCUGCUGUCAUAAAUGACACCACAAAGAGCAUCCGAUGGGAGUCUAUGGCCGUGCGCGAGCAUCUAGUGAACAUUGAUGUCAACAAUUCCCCCAAGUUGCCCCCACUGCCCCGCGUUCAGAUGCUCAUGCCGCCAACGGAGGCAACGGAGAUAUUCACCGCACCUUUCGAACAGCAGCAGCUAGUGCGUCCACAAUCAGCGAUCGUCGUUAUGCCGUCAACCCCGACCACGUCCAUGCAGAAUAUGUCAGCUACGGAAAACGCGCCCCCAACCGCACCCUGGCCGUCGCCUGUCCCCACAACGACUGUCUCUUCGGCCGAGCCGAGCCCUCUGCAACAUUCCCAAAGAGUGGUAUAUACAACCGCAGAGGGCGCCCCGCUACACAGGAUACCGGCUCCGAUGUACAACACAGCUGAAUCAAACGGAGUCGACACGAAACAUCCAGUUGUUCAUCUAACUCCCGAAUCCCCCGCCGUGCACGUGGCUCUUCGCCCUAAAUCUGAGCAGGUGGUACAGACUUUUCCACAACGACAGACAUCGCACAGUGAAGUCAUUUACAUACCGACACCGCCCACAGAGAUCCCUACUCUCCCUAUGCAAGCAGUACGUCCACAGUAUGUCACAACUAGCAUCGCUGACCCAUCGCCAAUGGGUGCAUGA